AUGUUACUCACCCUUCUUAUUGUUCUAAUUACAAGCCAAUUGUCUACAAAAGUCCACGGUGAUGGAAAUCAGUUCGUGCAGAGCACUACGAAUCUCGAACAAAUCAAUUCGACCUAUUCUGGUUCAUUACAAAAUACAAGCACAAGAUUUCUUCGCUAUGGUGGAUCGUCAAAUAAUUACUUGUAUGACGCGAUUGAAAUAAUUCCAUUCACAAGUGGUAAUUACACUAUUACAAGUAGCAGUAACUUGGAUACGUAUGGCUAUCUAUACAAUAACAGCUUUAGUCUCAGUGACUUAUCAAUGGGCUUACUUGGACAAAAUGAUGAUGGAGCUGGUAGUUACCAAUUUCAAAUUAUAGCGAAUCUUCAAGCAAAUGUCCGCUACAUUCUCAUAGUUACAACGUAUUCCGUAAACGAAGUAGGCAACUAUUCCAUAACUGCAAGUGGUCCUGGCAGAGUUAGUUUAGCCAAAUCUAUGAUUACGACAACUACCACGACAUCGACAUCGACGACGACGACACUAGGAGUCCUGAACUCGACCUAUUCCGGCUCAUUACAAAAUACAAGCACAAGAUUUCUUCGCUAUGGUGGAUCGUCAAAUAAUUACUUGUAUGACGCGAUUGAAAUAAUUCCACUCACAAGUGGUAAUUACACUAUUACAAGUAGCAGUAACUUGGAUACGUAUGGCUAUCUAUACAAUAACAGCUUUAGUCUCAGUGACUUAUCAAUGGGCUUACUUGGACAAAAUGAUGAUGGAGCUGGUAGUUACCAAUUUCAAAUUAUAGCGAAUCUUCAAGCAAAUGUCCGCUACAUUCUCAUAGUUACAACGUAUUCCAUAAAUGCAGUAGGCAACUAUUCCAUAACUGCAAGUGGUCCUGGCAGAGUUAGUUUAGCGAAAUCUUUGAUUACGACAACUACCACGACAUCGACAUCGACGACGACACGGACCUCAACCACUACUACUACCACGGCAUCGACGACGACACGGACGUCAACCACGACCUCCACAUCCGCAACGACACCGACCGCAACAACCACACCAGGAGUCCUCAAUUCGACCUAUUCUGGCUCAUUACAAAAUACAAGCUCAAGGUUGAACCGUUAUGGUGGAUCGUCAAGUGAUUAUUUUUAUGACGCUAUCGAAAUAAUUCCAUCCACAAGUGGUAACUACACUAUUACUAGUAAAAGUGACGGCAACUUCGAUACGUAUGGUUAUCUGUACAAUAACAGCUUUAGUCUCGGUGCAUUGUCAGUGGGUUUACUCGCACAAGAUGAUGAUAGUGGUGGUAAUCGACAAUUUCAAAUUGUAGCGUAUCUGCAAGCAAAUGUCCGCUACAUUCUAAUAGUUACCACGUAUUCGAUAAAUGUAGUGGGCAACUAUUCCAUAACUGCAAGUGGUCCUGGCAGAGUUAGUUUAGCGAAAUCUUUGAUUUCGACAACUACCACGACAGCGACAUCAACGACGGCACGGACCUCAACAACGACAUCGACGUCGGCGCUAGGAGUCCUUAACACAACCUAUUCUGGUUCACUACAGAAUACAAGCUCAAGGUUCAACCGUUAUAGUGGAUCGUCAAGUGAUUAUUUUUAUGACGCUAUCGAAAUAAUUCCAUCCACAAGUGGUGAUUACACUAUUACUAGUAAAAGUGACGGCAACUUCGAUACGUAUGGUUAUCUGUACAAUAACAGCUUUAGUCUCGGUGCAUUGUCAGUGGGUUUACUCGCACAAGAUGAUGAUAGUGGUGGUAAUCGACAAUUUCAAAUUGUAGCGUAUCUGCAAGCAAAUGUCCGCUACAUUCUAAUAGUCACCACGUAUUCGAUAAAUGUAGUGGGCAACUAUUCCAUAACUGCAAGUGGUCCUGGCAGAGUUAGUUUAGCGAAAUCUAUGAUUUCGACAACUACCACGACAUCGACAUCAACGACGACACCGACCUCAACAACGACAUCGACGUCGGCGCUAGGAGUCCUUAAUACAACCUAUUCUGGUUCACUACAGAAUACAAGCUCAAGGUUCAACCGUUAUAGUGGAUCGUCAAGUGAUUAUUUUUAUGACGCUAUCGAAAUAAUUCCAUCCACAAGUGGUAACUACACUAUUACUAGUAAAAGUGACGGCAACUUCGAUACGUAUGGUUAUCUGUACAAUAACAGCUUUAGUCUCGGUGCAUUGUCAGUGGGUUUACUCGCACAAGAUGAUGAUAGUGGUGGUAAUCGACAAUUUCAAAUUGUAGCGUAUCUGCAAGCAAAUGUCCGCUACAUUCUAAUAGUCACCACGUAUUCGAUAAAUGUAGUGGGCAACUAUUCCAUAACUGCAAGUGGUCCUGGCAGAGUUAGUUUAGCGAAAUCUAUGAUUUCGACAACUACCACGACAUCGACAUCAACGACGACACCGACCUCAACAACGACAUCGACAUCAACGACGGCGCGGACCUCAACAACGACAUCGACAUCAACGACGGCGCGGACCUCAACAACGACAUCGACAUCAACGACGGCGCGGACCUCAACAACGACAUCGACAUCAACGACGGCGCGGACCUCAACGACGACAUCGGCAUCAACCACCUCGACUUCCAGCACCACUCGCAGCACGUCAAGUACUACACCUCCAGCAGUUAGCGGUUUUCUGCCUUGCAGUCUUAUUUAUUCAGCUAGUACAAAUGGAGUACUGUGUCCCAGUAGUUAUUCAUGGACGACAUGGUUCAAUGUGGGCAAACCGAGCAACGCAACAACUGGAGAUACUGAAGAUAUGAGUCUCAUUCUCGCUCAAUAUCCGAAUUCUAUGUGUGGUGUUCCUUAUGCUGUUCAUGCAGAAGGAAUCAACCCCACAGAUACUACCUGCACUGGAAAUUUGGUUCAGAGUCGACCAAAUAGUACACUCUAUCUUCUUUCAUUUCAAGCAAUACAACCAGUAGGCGUCGAUUUUCGUAUUCGAUAUUGUUGCCCAGUUGGAUCAUUCGUUGCUCCACCAACCACUACGCCAUCACCUUUAGAAAAUAAUUCUUGCGGCAAACAAGAAAUUGCUCCACGCGGAAAAUCGAUUAGUCGGAUCUAUGGUGGAACUGAUGCCAUUCAAAAUUCAUGGCCUUGGAUGGUAUUCUAUAGAGGAGCAUCGUGUAAUGUGCCUCCGUGUGCGAGUAAUGUGUGUGGUGGAACUAUAAUCAGUAAAGAUUAUGUUCUCACAGCGGCUCAUUGCAUUAGAACGACAGAUGCAUCGCUUAUUAGUGUGACUGCAGGUAUGCAUAAUUAUUCGUCGAGCACAGAAUCAAAUACACGCCAAACACGUUUUGCUCAAGCAAUAUAUGUUCAUCCACAAUAUAAUACAACUGGAUAUAUUAAUGAUAUUGCCGUAAUACGUGUGUCUCCACCAUUUACAUUUAAUACAUAUGUUCAACCAGCAUGUUUGCCUGGUCCUGAACCUCAACCGAAUGAUGAAGUUAUUAUUGCCGGAUGGGGUGCGCUUACUUUUGGUGGUCCAGUUAAUAAGGUACUGAAACAAGCUUAUACUAAAGUAGUCGAUUUAUGCGAAGCACGGUGGGCUAAUAUGGAUAGUUCUCAGCAAAUAUGUGUAGCUGAUUCAGUCGAUGGCAAUUCCGCAUGCCAAGGGGAUAGUGGUGGACCGAUUCUCUCUCAAUACCAAGGACAAUAUGUGGUCUCAGGUGUAACUAGCUAUGGAUCCGACUGUAUAACGUCAGGCACCAAUAACAAACCUAAUGUUUUUACUCGAGUUAGUUUUUAUAAAAGUUGGAUCAAGAGUAUUAUUGGAUGA